AUCUCCCAGAAUGCCGCGGGCGCGCACAGAGUCUAUGUGCAUGUAUGGCUGGCACAGGGCGAUGAUGAACUCUAUGGCGAGUCGCGGUCGCUGCUGGUGGCCCCUGCUGGGUAAAGGCUGCCAGGCGGUGAAUGGCCCCCGAGCGGCGGGGACCCGCUGCAUGGGAAGCAGGCGGGAGGAGGCCAGAAGCAAGCCCCUCAAGCAGUGGACUCUGAUCGUGAGCCCGCUGAGCAGCCUGAGGGUGGCCGUACCGUGCAAUGUGACUGUCAGAACCCAGGACCCCCUCACAUACCCCAACGCAGACCGGGUGUUCGUCAUGGUGAGCGGCAUAGACCGCAACGUGCACCGCGGGCUGGACCUGGACAACAUCGAAGUGAGAUACGACGAGGAGUCCAGACAGGUGCUGAUCCACUCCCAGGACAUUGACAGCCAGACCUGUGUAGAUGUCACGACCCCGGUGCGAUUUGAUGUGAACAUCAAGACAUCUGGUACUGGCUAUGUAAAUGUCAAACAAAUAGAAUGUGACAGCUGCCAGGUAGAAACUGAAAGAGGAAACAGCAUUCUACAAUCUAUCAAGGGUCACAACAUCCACGUACAUACUAAAGGAGGCAAAGUGAAAUGCCUGGGAACGGUUCAUGGAAAUGUGGAUAUUCAAGCUUCAUCUCACAGUACUGUAGAUAUUGAGAAAUUACUGGGAACUUCGGUUAAUAUUUCUACAGAAGAAGGUCAGUUGAAGGCAAAGUAUGUUUACGCCCAGGCCUCCUCAUUGUCAACAACCGCAGGAGAUAUUCUACUAGGAGGUGCUCAUGGUGACACAAGGCUCCAGUCAGAGACAGGAAAUAUUACAGUAGACUCCUCAGAUGGGUGUUUAACUGCUUUUACACAUCACGGAGCCAUAGACGUGUAUGUCAGCCAAGUUGGCAAGGUACAUCUUAAAUCAGACAAAGGCAAUAUUACAUUGAAAAUCCCAGAAAACCUUCAAACAUAUGUCCAGUUAUCUGGGGCAAAAGUUGAUGUGAGCCCCGAUGUCCAAUUACAGGAACUCCAGAAUACUUCCAGAGAGGGCCAGACAGUUGUAAAAGGAACUUUGAAUUUGGUAAAUGAAAGAGAAAGGUGUAUUGAAGCAGAAGCUAAAAGUGGCACAAUUUACGUAAAACACCAAAACUGGCUUCAGUCGUUAAAACUGCACUCUACCUGACCAGCCAACUUCUUCAAGACUGUGUACCAGGAACUCUGACCUCCGUUUUGACCUCUACAAUUGGGUAUUAAGAAGAAAAUGAUUUUCUUGUGGGGUGCAGCCUGUUUCUGCUUUGUCUCAUGAAAAAUUAAAACACAUUCUUCAACAGGAAAGACUAACUCGAUCAGUAGAGGCUGUAAAUGUUUCUGUAGCCACUGCUUUAAGGGUAUAGAAGAAAAUGAAGAACGUUCCUCAUCUGUCUGGCAAAGAACAAACUCACAAUUCUGGACUUGUCUCCUCUAUUUCAAGUGAGUUAGGGUAAACAGACAUUUUACCUCUAUCUUUAGACUUUAAUGGGUGAAACAUGGUUCUUAUUAGGUAUGAUUACUUUUACAGUUUAUUGCCUGGAGUGUGCAUAUGUAGAGAGCAUUGCUUCAUCAUACAGGGAAAUCAUGUCACUAACAAAGUUGCCUAAUGAACUGUGCCUUCUGCCUGCAACUACAUAGCAAUGUUUUAUGCCACUAUGUAGAUUUUAAUUUGUUAGUUUAGAUCCAAACACUUAUAUUCAGGGAUUCAAUAAUGUUAACAUUUAUAAAUAGUAUUUUAAUCAACUAUUAAAAAGCCAUGCUCCCAGAGAACUAGUGAGAGCACCUUAUAGAUGUUUUGUCUGAAUACUGUAUGGUUUUUCCACGGUGUAGGUUGCAGGAUUAGAGCUGUAAUUAGGUGUGUGCCUUUCAUGGUCCAUAUAGUUCAGAAAUGGCUAACCUUGACACGAGAUGCUGGUGAACUACAAUACCCACAAUGUUAUGCUAGUCCAUGUAGUUCAAACAUCUGGAAUGCCAGCUGGCCAUUACUGAUGGAGUUUUUUCCCCUUCAUUCUGCACGACUAAUUCACAUUUCUUCUAACUGUUGUGUUUAACGGUUUUCCUUUAUGAUAUUGUUGCUUAUUUUAUAAGUGUUUUUCUAAGUAUGCUAAACAUUUCUUCAACAUAUUUAAUGUGCCUACUGUGAUCUUAACCACUACUAAUAUAUGUCUUGUGUACCAAGCAAUUAAGCUGUCUGGACAACAUAAGGCUGCAAAUCAACAGUGCGGCUUGCAAUAAAAUGUAGAACAAA